AUGAGGAAGAUCUUCUGCUUUGGGGCAGACCAGGGUGGGCCGCCCUCCGGCCCCUCCAGCCACCAUGGCCAGACCAGAGAGGGCCUGGAAGGCGAGGCUGGUGACAGCGCCUUCCUGCAGCCACGGUACCACAUCUGGAAGAAAGAUCUCGGCCAAAUCCACCAAGCUGCCAGCGCCGGUGACGUCGCGAAAGUGGAGCAGAUCCUUUCGCUGAAGAAAAAGGUCUUGGAUGCCAGAGAUAGAAAGAAGAGGACUGCUCUCCAUUUGGCCUGUGCCAGUGGCCAUCCAGAAGUAGUUACUGUCCUGGUGGACAGAAAAUGCAAGCUCAAUGUCCCCGACAGUGAAAAAAGGACAGCUCUGAUUAAGGCGGUACAAUGCCUGGAAGAGGAGUGUGCCACCAUCCUGUUAGAACACGGUGCCGAUCCGAAUCACAGUGACGUGUAUGGCAACACAGCUCUUCACUAUGCUGUCUAUGGCGACACCCCAUCGAUCGCAGCAAAGCUCCUUUCACAUGGUGCAAAUAAAGAAGCCAUAAACAAGGAUCACCUCACUCCACUUCUACUUGCUGUAAGUGGAACUAAAGAGGAAAUGGUAGAAUUUUUGAUACAGAAGAAUGCAGAUAUAAAUGCAGUAGAUAAAAUGAACAGAACGGCCCUCAUGCUUGCUGAACAUCAUAACUCACCAAGUAUACUACACCUUCUUGAGGAAGGUAUGGAUGUUUUUUCUGAAGAUAUCUCUGGAAGGACUGUUAAGGAUUAUGCCACUACUAGUGGUUUUAAUACCAUUCACCACCAAAUUUCAGAAUAUAAAGAAGAAAAGAUAACUGACGAUCUUUCUGAAAACAGCAAUCCAGGGAAUGGUGGGAACCCUCUCAAGGCCAAUGUCCCGGAUCCCAGCCAUGGGCCAGCCCUGCAAGCAGGCCUUUCUAAGGAUGGCAGUCUCAUCCUUGCUGUAUAA